ACACAACUUUUAACGUGAAUAAGAGGCAUCUUGUAAUCACUGUAAUAAACCACAACCUGGCAACCGAAGUGGAAAGGGGUUAGCAGAGAAACCUGACUGGAUCCUUUCGCAGGGUUUGUUUACGGUUUUAACUGCAAUAUUUUGGACCUUUCCUUAUUAUUUUGCAGGGCAGAAAGAUGAAAAUAGAAGUAGGCGUGUGUGCGUCGCAGUGGACGAUGCAGCUGGGUUUGACGUUGCUCUUGUUGCUGCUCUUCACGUCACGGUGCGAGCCGAUGCCUGAUCCGCACCGACGAGAGGUUCUGAUGAAUCUAGAGGUGAGCAGAGAAAUCGGAGGCGAGGUGAUUCUGAACAAGGAAGAAAAGCUCCUCGAUGAAAAACUGUACCAGAUGAAGUGGCAGGAAAUGUCAGCGCCAGACUUCCCCCCUGCUAUGCACUUUUUUAAAGCCAAGCCACUGAUCGACGCAAGUCCAGUCUUCAGCCUUCUGCAGAAGAUGCCCAAGGGAGCAGCUCUACAUGUGCAUGACUUUGGCAUGGUCGGAGUUGAAUGGCUGGUGAAGAACGUGACUUACAGGGAGAACUGCUACACGUGCUUCACCUACGAAGGCUCUGUGCGCUUCGUGUUCUCGUCCGCGCAGCCCAAAGCGGUGCCUUUCUGUUCCGCAUGGACUCUGCUCAAAACCCUUAGGGAGAAACACAACACCACUGAAUUGGACAACAGCUUUAUACGAAACCUGACGCUGGUCACCGAGGACCCGGACAGCGAGUAUCCCAACCAAGACGUCGUCUGGAAAAGGUUCGAACAAGCUUUCUUGGUGGCCUUCGGGUUGGUCACCUAUGCUCCUGUCUUUAAGGAUUAUCUUUAUGAAGGUUUCAGGCAGUUCUACAGUGACAACGUUAUGUAUGUGGAAAUCCGAGCUCUUAUGCCUCUGACGUACGAGCUCGACGGCAGACUGAACAGUCGGGACUGGAGCAUGAGGGCUUGUCAGGAGGUGGUCCAACGCUUCACAGCUCAGCAUCCAGACUUCUUAGGAGCCCGAAUAAUUUUCACCGUCCACAGAGGCCUGAAUUCGACACAAGCCGUACAGGUGGUCGAGGAGGCCAUCAGGCUGCAGAGGAACUUUCCAGACAUCAUGGCAGGCUUUGACUUUGUGGGUCAUGAAGAUAAUGGAAAUCCCUUGUGGUACUUUAAAGAGGCUUUGGGUCUGCCGGAGGAGCACGGCGUCCAUCUGCCCUUCUUCUUCCAUGCAGGAGAGACCAAUUCACAAGGCACAGCAGUGGAUCAGAACAUGAUGGACGCACUGCUCUUCAACACGUCUCGGAUCGGACACGGCUUUGCGAUGCCGCAUCACCCCGUGGUCAAAGAGCUCUCCAGGAAGAUGGACGUAGCGGUGGAAGUUUGCCCCAUCUCUAAUCAGGUCCUAAAGCUGGUGUCAGACCUCCGGAACCAUCCCGCGGCCGUGCUGAUGGCAGAGGGCCAUCCCAUGGUGAUCAGCUCCGACGACCCGGCUCUGUUCGGAGCGUCCGGUCUCUCGUACGACUUCUACGAGGCUUUCAUGGGCUUAGGAGGAAUGAAAUCGAAUUUAGCUACACUGAAAGAGCUCGUGUUAAACUCUCUAAGGUACAGCUCCUUGCCUCCCACUGUGAAGGAAAAAGCCAUUUCAGCCUUGCUAAGGAAGUGGGACAAGUUUGUCUCAGAGAGUUUGCUGUGAACCUGCAGGAGGACCUGCUGGGGAACCUGUUGGAGAACCUGCUGGUGACCAUAGAGACACUUUUUUUUAGGUUGCAUUUUUAUACACGCAAGAAUGAAAAAAUUUUACCUGGCUGUGUGUCAGAAUUGAAAGGAAUGUUUUACUGGCAAAAGUCUAUUAAGUCACUUAUCUUCUGAAUGAUUAGAUCGCCCUCUGCUGGACACAUGCAUCUAUUACCUUCAUGCUAUGGGAGGUCUUUAUAUCGGGUGACUUUUUGAUAGCCAGAUGAAAACUAACUGACAAUAAGAAAGGCUAUACUUUUAUUUAAGAACAUAAACAUUUUUUUUGUCCAUUUAUAGUUACAUUUAGUGUCAUGGAACAUUCGUGAAUUGAAAUCGUUUCGGUUUGAAACAGACGUUUCUUUAUCUUCUCUCUAUUGAAAGAGAAAUAAGACAAAGAACUUACUUCUUGUGACAUAAAUCAAUGCCAAAGUGUCAAUGAAACUCUUUGAAUCGUAACAGUUAGAAGGCACCGAAACUUUAGACUCCUUGCAGGAACAUUUACACAUCUUUUAACAGAAUGUAAUGCACUUAAAACAACAAAAAAAUCCAUUCGUAAGGAUAAAAUGAUAUCAACGUCUGCUGCACAAAUCCAUGUCAUUUAACUGUUGCUAUAGAAACCAUGAUAUAGCAAUAUAGCGAUAGUUUUAAAGCUGCACCACUGUCAGAGCUGCUGAUCAACACCUUCUGACCAAUCAGAAUCAAGCAUUCAUCAGAUGUAUAUUUGUAUAGAUGUACAGCUCACUAUGUGUGUGUGUGUGUGUUUGUGUGUGUGUGUGUGUGUGUGUGUGUGUGUGUGUGUGUGUGUGUGUGUGUGUGUGUGUGUGUGUGUGUUGCUUUUCAUUAGUCAUAACAGAUGAGAAAGUUUAAGAACAUUGCUACACGUCAUGUCAGGGACACUGAACAGAUACUGAGUACUCUGAUAGAAGCCUUUAUUUUGUCACAUCUACAUUAUAGCACAGUGAAAUUCUUUCUUCACAUAUCUCAACUCUGGAGGUUGUAGUCAGAGCACAGGGUCAGACAUGAUACAGCACCACUAGAGCAGAGAGGGUUAAGGGCCUUGACCAAGGGCCCAACAGUGGCAGCUUGACAGUGCUGGGGCUUGAAACCUGACCUUCUGAUCAAUAAUCCAGAGACUUAACCAUGUGAUCAUUUGCUUUAAUUCUAAUGAUAAAUGACUUCAUAGUGAGAUCACAUGGACUUGUGUGUAAGUGAUGCCUUCAGUGAGGAUUUGAACUUAAUCUCUAUUCACUGUGUGUGUGUGUGUGUGUGUGUGUGUGUGUGUGUGUGCGUGCGCGCGCGUGUGUGUGUGCGUGUGCGCGUGCGUGUGUGUGCACAUUUCCCUGAACUGAGACAAGAUGGAAACUUCUGCAAGUCUUAUAAUGGAAGUCUGUCUGUCAGUCUUUCUGUCUACACGACGUACAUAAUAAACAUUUAUUCAGUCCUG